AUGCGCACGUAUUGCUAUGGCAUGCAGACCAUUGCCGUGUUGCUCACCUCAUUGAUUGCCGCAAUGAUCCCGGACACGCCGAAACACAUCAAAACUCAGAUACAUCGCGAGGCACACAUCACCAAUCAGAUUAUUUUGCAAGCUGAAUGGCAAAAUCAACAGAAAGGUUCGAGCAGUAGUGAACAGACUGGUCGAUUCCGUAAACAGCACGGUCUGGAUGACCGGGUGCUGCGCGACAUGUGCAACCGAUUGGCGGAGACGGAUGAGGGUAAACAACCGUCCACCGCGCUGCCCGUCAUCGGAUUUUAUUCGUUCGAAGAGGAAGAUCCCCUGAAUGCGGUGAGUUCAUCAUGCGAUCGUACGAUACAUCACACACACACACAUUUACUUUCAUACCUUUGCUGCGAGAUUUGUUGUACAAACAGUUUUUCCAAGUAUUGCUAG